AACUCACCUUAAAAUGGCAGCCCUCAUGAGAUGCGGCGUUCUAAGACAUCGCAACCUUGUCCAAAGUUUGGCCUCGUUAUUCCCAGUAACUAAUAAUUAUGGGGUUAAAUCGCCAUGUCUUUGGAGGUAUUUGUGAAACCAUCAAUUUUUAUAAUUUUUUUCUAUUUUUUCCUGUUACUAGUUAUAUUGUUUCUAAACCAUUAUUAGUAUUAGGCCUACUUAUUUAAAGUAACAUUAAAAAUUAAAAACAAAUGUGUGAUAGUGUAACUAAGUGUAAGUGUAGUGUCUAAGUUACUUAGUAAGUACCGGUAUUAAUAGUAAAAAUAGUACUAAUUUAACUAAUUAGUUUAACUUAGAUUUUAGAUUCUAGACUAAGUCUAAAUAAAAAUAAAUCUAAGCUAGAAAUGAAAGUAAAGAAACCUGCUAAAUUUUAAUCAAUUUAUUAAAUAUUAAUAUAAUAAUAGUAAGUACUAGUAGUAUUAGUUAGUUUAGUUUAAGUUUAAUAUUAAUCUUUCUUAGAAAUAGUAAUCAAAAUGAGCAAAAUGAAGUACAGGUAAACCUGAAAAUAAGAAUGCAACAAAUAAACGAACGUGUCGGCUAGAAGCCAAGAAGCAUUCAUCAGCAAACAAACAACAGUAAAAACAGAAUUAUAUAAAAAUAACACCUAGCUGUAAAUACCUAGAGGAAAGCAAGAGGACAAGAGGAAUGUACAAAGACAAAAUGUUUGUUGGGGGGGCCAUCCAUAAACGAUGCCACUGUCACACAAAUUUUGCCUAUUCCCUGUGUCCGCUACUGUCCUUUACAAACCCUUAAGUAAGAAAUUCCCCUCCCAUGGAUAGCAAAUAACUGCACCUGUGUCAGAAACAUUUCACUGGAACAGUGGUUCUUAACCAGGGGAAAAAUUAACUCCCCAGCCCUGAGGUGCGGAAGACUAUAAAACUAUUUGUUGCCAUUGCUAGUUGUUGCUGAAUUUUUAAAAAAAUCAGUUUUCAUGGACUUUGAUUAGCAACAGAACAUGUUUUUCUGGCGAAUUUUAUUAGGGCUAGGGCUUUACUUGUAUCUGUAAAUUUUUCCUUUAAAAAAAAAAAGUAAUUGAAGAAAAAAAACUACGAUACUAAAUAAUUUAAUUAUUUUCAUAUUUAAAAUUUUAUUACAAUUUUUUAUUUAUACGGUUGGAGCGUGGGGAGGGGGGUGUUCAAAACAGAGUGGGCCUGCAGCGCUGCAAAAAGGUUAAGAAUUACUGCCCUAGAGCAUUCUCCCCCUCCCCGCCAACCAUUUUUUCCGUUCCAUCCCACUUUACUUGGUAGUCCUAAAUCGAUGACGCCCGUCUCCACAUUUUAACAUAAUUACAUAAAUUCGCUUGACUGUCAGUGUAACUACGGCCAUUUGCUCCUCCUCGGUGCUAACUUGAUCAGAAGCCAUUUUUCCAACCUUGCAUACCUGUACUGAUUUUCUCAGUGAUCGUAGUUUACAAAUAAAAUAUUUAUAAUUGUAUAAAAGAAUAAUUUUAAAAAUGUUUGUAAUUUAGGGUUAUUAAGUGUAACUCUUUACUAUAAUAUUAUGCUUUUCAUGUGACAUCACAUUGCUUAAUUCCCCCCCCCCCCUCAUCUAACACAUCAUCACUAAAAUCUGAUUCCCCCCAGAUGCGUGACAUCAUUUAUAAAUGGCCCCUUGAUACAACAAAACUCAUGAAAACAUAUCCUUUUUGAAUAUUUAUAAUUGUAUAAAAGAAUAAUUUUAAAAAUGUUUGUAAUUUAGGGUUAUUAAGUGUAACUCUUUACUAUAAUUUUAUGCUUUUCAUGUGACAUCACAUUGCUUAAUUCCCCCCCCCCCUCAUCUAACACAUCAUCACUAAAAUCUGAUUCCCCCCAGAUGCGUGACAUCAUUUAUAAAUGGCCCCUUGAUACAACAAAACUCAUGAAAACAUAUCCUUUUUGUAUUUGUAAAAAAUUUAUUAUUUGUUUAGUUUAAUAAUAAAAUUGAUCUGUGGGAUUGUAAUUUAUGAAUAGUAAAAGAAAAAUAUGUGUUAGUUUCAGAGUUCCCUCAGGUUCCUGAAACUCCAGGAUGUCCUGGAAAUCUCCUUGAAUUAGAUAACUUGAAAAAAUCCUGGAAACUCCUUAAAUUAUAAAAUUUCUCAGUAAAAGUCCUGACAUUUUUUUCCCACAUAGGAAAGGGUAAAAAAUUCUUAUAUACUCAAUUAGUCGUCUAUUUUUAGCCCUUCUAUUAUCCCCUUAACUGCGCAUGCAGUUUACAAGUUACUAUUUGACAUUUUGACAGACCAUAAUUUUGUGUGUGUUUAGUUUGCGGUUCAAAUAGGCAGGAACAAGAGAGUGAGGCUGAUGACUUGAGCAAUUCCCCUCACUUUAAACAAAAUACAGCUAAAGUCAAGGCUACUACUCAAGUCUUGGUCAGCUUCACGUGCAAAGAACAAACAAAAAUACUAAAAAAAAUUCUAUCAAGUAUAUUUGCAGGACAAUACUGGGGUGUCAUUUCGAGGGAAAAUGAUUGAUAAGUGUCAUUCAUCUGAGACCAUGUCCAGGUUAACUUAAACUAUUUCACCUAACUUUGGUGUCCACUUCUGCAACUUCUUACUCAAGCUCCAAAGUUAUCUGAUCCAUCCACCACUUCCUUCCACUCAGACUUAAUUGAUGAUUUUCUUUUCUAUGUUUGGAUUCCCAGCUGCUGUAGAUCUUUUUCCACAUCAUUCAUCCAUCUAAGCCAUGGGUCUGCCUUUGAGUCGUUUUCCUCUGGGGUUUUGGUGGUGCACCCUCUUUACCCCUCUGUCAUUUGCCAUUCUUUGUGUCCUGCCCAACAUAGCCUAAGCUUUUUUUUUAUUUCUGCUACUAGCGUUGGGAGCCUGAUACAGACUAUAACACUCCUGGUUGGCUCAUAUUCUCCAUCCAUAUUCAUCCUUUGUUGGAACACAUUUUUUCCGGAGAGCUUUUCUCUAACAUGUGUUUAAUCGGUUUUCUGCCGUUUGUACAACUGGUCUGAUUACAGUUUUAUAAAUAGUUUUCUUUGUUUUUCUUGUAAUGUUUUUACUUUUUUUGUAUUUUCUGACUACUGAAGUAUAUCCUGUUUCCGGCUGAUAUUCUUGCUUUUAUUUCUGUUAGUAAUUUGUUUCUUUCAUUUAAUCAAGAACCUAGGUAUUCAAAUUAAUUUGCCUUUUCAAAAGUGUGGUAUUUAAUUUUUAAAGAUUAAAUCUGUCUGUUCUUCUCUAAACAUAGUCACAUUUUAUUAUUUUUUUAUUGUAAACUUCCAGCCCUGCUUGUAAUGAUGCGUCUUCUAAUUCAAAACAAAGCUUUUGAUAUGUCUUUACUACUUUUCCUAUAAUUUGUUCACCAUUUAAUAUUCAAUGUUAUCACACAUGACUUGAAUAUGUUCCUCAAUUGUGUUAUCUGCCAAGGCCAAAGGGAUUGUAAUAACGACUUUCUGAAAAUAUCACAGUAAAAUUCUUCAGGAUGGUUUCGGCAAUAUUGUGUGCAUUCUUGUUUUUAGCAAGUUCUUAUUUUUUCAAUAGUACAAAUACUUUGUCAAGCAUGGUUAUUGAUGUGUAAUUGUACAGUGUUGUGUGUUAUUUUGUAUUGUGUAUCUUGAGGUUAGUUUCAUUGAUGGAGUUUCUUGUCAAUAUGAGAUUUCUGACAUAUUUGUAAUGUGAUUUUUAUGUAUCUUUGACAUAGUGUCUGGACUUUCUUGAGUACACACUAUUGUUUGCAAGUUACUGUCUCAGCUGUGAGGGUGAAAGUUGGAUUGCGUUCUUCUAGCAAGCUGCAAUUAGUAUGUUUGAAUUAUUAUAUGAACAGAUGAUACUAACUUGGAUUAAGAUUAAAAGUACUUCUUGGAAUAUGACCUUUGUUCAGUUUUAAUGUGAUUAUGAUGGGAACGAAUUUGUCUAGCAAAACCUAAUCAUACCAACGUAUUAAUCUUAAUUUAAAACAAAAGAUUAUUUAUGUAACAUACUUUCAUUUGCAAGUAUAUCUCCGCAACAUAAACACUGGGGAUAAGGAUUGUUUUCAUGACCAGAAAAUAUGAACCAAAGUUUUGAACAAUUUUUACUGUAUAAUCGAGGCUUGAAAACGUUAUCUCCACCAUCUUUUCUUAAUUAAAAACUUAACCAUUAUAUGUGUAAUUUAAAUCCAAUUUGAUUUAUAAACUGCAAAUAAAAAUUUUAAAAAGUAAGUUAAGUUUGCCUAUUAACAUAUUUAAACAUAUAAUGUCUUAAGAAAAGCAGAUCAUUGAGCCGAAGCUCAUCAGGCCUUCCCCAAAGUACCCCUUUUACCCCCCAACCCGAAUAGCAUAAUUUUCGGGCCUCUAGAGACAGCCCCACCCGCCAUCCACUCGAUUGCCAGUGGGGCCUUAUCAACCAAGGAGCACCUGGUCAGUGGGUAGUACUGCUGUCACACCACCAGCAAUCAAACAUUUUAAUACUGGGAUGGAUUUAUUUAACAUCCCAAAAACACCCUUCCCAACCCUUUGUGGCAUCAGACGCCCUCUAUCUGGGUUUUUACAAAUGGUUUUCUACCUUGUGAAUAUGUCACUAAGCAGUUGGCAUGAGUUGGUUGCACAGGAACUCUCAAAACAUUCCCAUCAAUAGAAUCAUUGGCAUGGGUUGCCAGAACACCCCCCCGCCUCAUAUCCAAUAGCGGCAACUAGUAAUCAUCAAUUUAAAUAUCAUAAUCUUUGCAUUGACAAUAAUGAUGUGUCAGAAUAAUUCUGCGUUGUACUCCUAGAGAAGUCAGAGAAACUGAUACCAAGCGCUAAGUUAAAUUUUAGAUAAUGCGAAACCAAACAAAAUUGAAGACUGUACACAAUACGACAAACCCAUUUUUGAAGUCAUAAAAUGCGCUUAACCAUGUCAUUUUUACCAUUAAAACACUUAAGCUAUUCAAAGGCUAAACACAAUUUCUGUUUUUCUAUAAAAUAAAAUUAGGGGAUCCUGUUUAAAAUUGCAUGAUCCAUAAUGCCUGAUCGGCUCAUUUAAUACUAUAAAAUGCGUCAAUGUCUUCAUGAGCAUAGUAAUACUAUGGUUUCUUUUUUCACGACACACCUAAAGUCUAUAGGUGACACACUAUUGUGUCAUGACACACAGUUUGGAAAGCACUGGUCUACAAUAACAUCAUAUUUUUUUAGUUCAUCAGUUAUUCAGUGUCAUUUGAAUUUAAUUAGAAUGGAAAGUUUCUUUUAAAUGCAUUUUAUAUAAACUUUGUCAUUCAUCGGGUUUAGGUUAUCAUUUGAAUAAUUCUACGUGAGGAUCAGGAAAGUUAUCAUACACAUUGUUUAGGUCAACAAUUAACCUUACGAUGUUCAUUACGGUUCUUAACAAAGUAACGUCACUAUGUGUAGUUAGGUGGAAACAACUCUUGUCAAAACCUGUACUGCUAACUAAACAUAUAUCAAAUGAAAUUUAAAAAAUAAGUUCAUCGUUGAAAUACCAGUGUGCCAUUCAUUUCAAUUAUGUUGUCAUUUCACUUACAUUUCAAUAACUCUUUGAGCAGCUUCACCGAGACUCCUCCCCCCACUAAACUAAGCGAAAUAACAAAAGUCUUGGGAAUAAGAACGCCAGAAAAUAAAAAAAAAUUCUAGGCAUAGCCUGUACUUUAGCCAUAAAUUUUGGCUUAGGUAUCAUUUUUCUAAUUUGAAGGAGGGAGAAAUGUAUCGGAGACAACGAUCUACAAUCUGGAUCCGCUUUAGGGUUAUCUGUUAAGUUACUAAAUUAAUAUUUUCAUAAAGAGGCCAAAUGACUAGUCUAGCCAAGUAAGAAUCAUAAUUUUGUUGACUGAGUCAUGAAAGGGUCUUGAAAAGGUGUAUUUAACUAAGUUAAUAUUAUAUUUGUUCUUCAUUGUCUUCAUUUUCUUUUCCCUUUGACUCUAUAACUGUUUAGGUCUGCUGGUACAUAUCCUCAACUCAAGAAUAAAGACGAACUGUUGAUUCAAGUUCAUAAAAAAAUGGACUAUAACCAAGGGAUUUCAACAGACAUGUUCCAGUCUCUUUAUUCAUCCUUAGAAAAAUUUGGUGGGCUUUGCUUAGAUAUCGCUUUAAAGUUACACAUGUGUUGUUUAAACAUUUUAUUUUCUUACCUACCAGGUUAAUUGUUAUAGAAUUAAAAGUCAUAGGAAUGUUGUAGUGUAUAGUGAGGAAAAUGCCGUAUAAAUACCAUAUUUAUAGCACAUACCAAUACCAUGUUAAUAAUUUUGGUGCUUAAUGCAUUAAUCGUUAUUUUUUAAAGCCUAAAAAUGAAGAGUAGUAAUUAAAUACAUAAUCAAAUUUUGCAUCAUCAGACAACUUGACAGAAAAUGAUAUGGGUGUGCUUCUGCAUAUUUGUAGUAUUGGACCAUAUGAUUCACCAACAGCAAAUAGAUUAGCCUUAGUUGAUAAAAUAUGGAGCAGCCUAGAUGCUUUUGGUGAGUGUUUGAAAUCAUAGAAAAUUAAAUUGUACAUGUACAAUGUCACCUUGUAAAAAAAAUUUCUUAACUUAAACAUUUCCUUUUAUUAAGUUUUAUGUUCCAAAAAACUCAAACUUUUUAUAAGGCAGUUUUUAUUUGAUAAAUUUAUUGGUGUUUUUGUUUUUAGAAUUAACAACAGUAUCUUUUAGGAAAAUGUAACAAACUUAUUGACCCUAAUUGAUAAAAUAUUUCAAAUUGAGCAAAGGCUACUUGUUUUUAGUUUAAAUUUUUCUUUGUUUCAGGUGUAAAGCCUACUACAAAACUUUAUAAUGUCAAACUUAAGACUUACUGUGCCAAUAAAAAGAUGUUCAAUCCCUUAGAUGAAUUGAUGACAAUGAAAUCUUUAGGGUUGAAUCCUGACAAGGUGAUGAAUAUUUUUUUAAAGUUUAAGCCAUGUUAUUUAAAUUUUAUAUUAACAAUGGACAGUUCGGCCUCUAGAGUUACACGGUAAUCCAAAAGACUGUAUUUAAUUUUUUGGGGUUACUUUUGUAAUAUUUACUCACAUUCCCUCUUUCCUUUGCUAAGUCGCAGUUAGCCAUAGACUGACAGACAUUACUAUUUAUUUAGCGCCAAAUAAUUAUAUAAUUUUGUUAGUUAUUUGUACAUUAUUUCCAAUAGGUUACGUAUGGUCUACUUGUUGAAGGAUUCUGUCAAAGAGGUGACAUAGCAGGUGCCAAGUAAGUGAUAUUUUAAUAAAUAUUCUACAUUCAAGACAUAAACCUAUUGAAUCUAUAGUUAGUUUUUUUAGUAAUUACUAAGAAACUACAUUUUAUUGGACAACUAAUAAAUUAAGCAAAAAUUGUUACUAAAACCAUACUAAAAUUGUUUUGUAAAAGUUUGCUAACUUAAAAUCUUAGGUACUGUGCAUUUCAUUAUUUGGACCAAAUAUGUGUGGAAAGUUGAAGUACAUGUGCCAAAUACGCACCAUUAUUUUGCUAUUUGUGGACUUUUAUAAAUCACAUUUACUGUUCUAUUCCCAUUACAAAUCUUAACAUUAUGAGGUAGAAUAUUAUUGAGCCAAAUGAAGAUGGCUUCUAUUGCUUUUUCUGUUGAAUUACUCCAAGAAAUGAUAUAUAUGGUAUGUGUCCCAUAUUCAGCCCUAUUUUUUGGUCUUUGGAAUAAACAUAUAUUUUUUGUGUUUAGUUUGCGUGAGAUUUUAGUAGCAAGAGUUCUGUUCACAUGAAAAUGAAUUAAGAACUCUGAUCUCUUAUUUCAUAAGAUCUGUUUUAAUAUUCUAGUACAGUGUUGGAAGCCAUGCAGUCUUCAGAUUAUCUCCUUGGGUUAAACAUCUUUAAUUCCUUCAUCACUGGUCAUCUCAAAGCUGGGUAGGAAGGAUUCUUUUUUACAUAAUUUGUUUUUUUUUGGGUCAAGUUCACAUGUUAAAGGUUUAAAUUUCAUAUUACUACCUUGCUGUUAUUGUAUUAUUUGAAUGUUGGGCUGACCCCCAAAAAUAGCUACAUUACAACAAAAAAUAGCUAUAAUAUCAUUCAUCCAUGUUAAACAUUAUAGCAGAUGCUGGUGUGUGUUAAUGUAUUCCAUUAAGUUUCGACAGAUGUAUAUUCAUGUAUUACAAAAUUAAAAAAUUAUUCAUAUUUUAAGAUGUAUAAUUUAUUUUCAGUUCUCCAGAGGAAGCUGUAAAGGUACUGGAGCUUCUGAGGUACUAAAUUUUGCCAUUUAUUUUAUAUUUACCUUGAUGUAGAUUUAUGAGCUGUCCAAAUAAUUAGGCUGGUGACUCCUUAGAAGGAUCUUUUGAAAAUUUGACCAUAUCUUGAAUAGUUUUAUAGAUUAAAUAACACUUUUUAUAUUUUUCUUGAUGAUAGGUCCAAAGGGCUUGAACCAGAUUCAGACACCUAUUUAAGAUAUGCUCUACAUUAUGCUGAAGAAGGAGAUAUAGAUUCUGUGAUGAAGGUUGUUUUUUUUUUAAAAAUAGUUUUUUCACAAUUUCUUAGUCAACUAUUCUUCUUUGUUGAGUAGCAAUUUCAUUGUACUUAAAAUGUAAUUUUGGAUAAAUAUUUGGCACUAACUCUUCUCAACAUUGACUAUUUCCAGUACAUAACCGAGGCUGACAGUGCUGGUGUGACACUACAGCAGAGUUUGUUGCUUGAGCUCUAUAGAGUCAUGAAUACAUCAGGUCAUGGCAACAAAGCUGGACAAGUAAGUGUCAAUAUUGCCUUUAGGUUGAGCUUAAUUAUAUAUAAAUCCCUUAAUUUUUACUUGUUACUGAUUAUCAUAAAGAAUUUUUUUUUUUAAUGUGGUUUAGAGAAAAAACUAUCAAACAAUUUAGGAAAACAAAUAAUUUUAAAAAGAUAUUUCCUCAAAAAAAAAAAAGAUUCAGAAAUUUAAACAAUUAUAUUACUUUUCUUAGCUGCUGAAACAUUUAUCGGAAGGUGGUGUGUUCCAUUUAGGUUGAGCUUAAUUAUAUAUAAAUCCCUUAAUUUUUACUUGUUACUGAUUAUCAUAAAGAAUUUUUUUUUUUUAAUGUGGUUUAGAGAAAAAACUAUCAAACAAUUUAGGAAAACAAAUAAUUUUAAAAAGAUAUUUCCUCAAAAAAAAAAAAAGAUUCAGAAAUUUAAACAAUUAUAUUACUUUUCUUAGCUGCUGAAACAUUUAUCGGAAGGUGGUGUGUUCCGUUCCAAUGUGGUGCAGAAGUCCUGUCAACUCAUAUCUGAAGGUUAUAAUGACGCAGCCCUGGAACUCUACUUAACAAUGCCAAGAGUAGAAGAAGGCAUACUUGUAUACAAAACAGGCAGCUUUUUGCUGAAGACCAUGAUCAUUAAUGGUCAGGUAAGUCAAAGGUCAAUACUACCUCAACUGAAAACCAUGGGGAGACAAAAUAUACAUUUUUUUUCAAAAAGAGUCUGAGCAGGCUUUGAUAUUGGAAAUUUGUUAACACUUAACCAUUUAACUUAUAUAUUUCACUUCCAUUGUAAAUUUCACUUCUUUUAUACUUUACUCACAGGGAUCGGAAGAGGUGAUGAGCAUGGCAGAUAAGAUAUUAGAGCUCUAUCCUGGAAAUUUGUGCCUUAAAAAUGCAUUACUCUAUGCAUACAAAGCCAAGAGAACUGGUUAGUAAAUGUCACAAUUAAUAUAACACAAUUUUAAUUUUUGUUAGAAAAUCAAUGCCAUUAAUUUAAUAUAUUUAAAAAUUGCAAAUGUAAGAAACAUUAUCCUGUAAUCAAAAAGUAAAUGUAUGCAAUAAAAAAUUUUUAAAGAAAAUUACUCUUUACAGAUAAAAAUGAUCACAAAUAACUUUUGAUCUUUUAAUCUUGUAUAUUAAAGCAUAUUCCAUUGUAUUUGCAAAAACUUUUAUGUUUGCGAUGACCACCAUUGUCCUUUAUCUAGUUAGGAUCAGAGUCUAGACAGACUUGUUUACAUACAAAAGUUAUCUUCUUCUAUAUUUUGAGGGACCACGAUCAAUGUAUUGAUUAUUCUGGCUCCUAUAAUAUAUAUAUAUAUAUAUAUAUAUAUAUAUAAUUAUAUAUUUAUUUCUAGAACUUGCAGUACAGUUGUUGGAAUCUAUGCAUACCAAGGUAAUGUUUAUUCAAGGGGAACCCAAUUGAAAUCAUCAUAUCUUUAUUAUAUGGGGUUACUGAAAAAUCAAUUUACAUAGCUUGUUAAGAGAGUAUCUCUGUUAAAAUGCUGGCCAAACCCAACCAGAACAUUCAAUCGAACAUUGUCACACAUCCGCAAUAAGUGAAGCUACUAUUAUUACCAUUAUAGCAUGGCCAUUGCUAAAAAUUUUGGAACAUUUUUUAGUGAGUUUAUUAAGAAAAAAUACAGUGUAAUACAUAUAUGUAUUUCUUGUACAUUUAAAAUGUUAAUCCUACUUAUGUUUUUUUUCUCCAUUUUUUAAGAAUCAUAAUAUCAAAGUAGCUUAUCUUCUGCCAGCCAUCUGUGACUAUAGAAAAAGCAACAACAAAGAAGGUAAUGAAAAUAAAACUUAAUGUAGCUGAGUGGUGGUCACUAAAGUUAUAAAUAUUUACCAACACUUUAAACAUAACAGCUUUUAUUUCAACUCUAGCUUAUAUACCUGUCUUCACCCGGGAUUACAUUUACUCAUGUUUAACAUAAUGGCCUGGUCCAUAAUGUGUCAUAUAAUUUAUUACGGAGUUCUAUAAAAAAACUUUUGAUAGAUUUUCAAAGUAAUUUUUAAUAACUAAAUCGUUGAAGGGACUGGUCCAUAAAGUGCAACAGUUAUCACACAAGGGGGAAGUUAACCUUUAAUAGUUGUAUCAUAUAAAUCGUUUAAUGAAUUUGCCUUUUUGAUUAUUAUUUGGGCUCCAGGUCUCAUAGACUUAGCCUAUGCCAAAGUUAUCUUGUGCUGCUAUUUCCUUCAGACAGCUUGAACGCAGUCAUUAACAUAUUAUUCUUUAUCUUUUAAAAAGAGUGCCUUGUUGAAAUCCUGUAGAUAAUUAUUCAGGGUAAAAUUUAAAAUGUUAACAGCGGUUGAAAGUCCCAAGUGUUAACCAUUGUAAUUUGAUUGAGAGCUCCCGUUAACUGCCAGGAUCAUAAGAUGUCAUUUAAUUUAUUACUUAAUAUGGGACCUAUCGAAAUCCUUAAACUUAAAUAAGCUUUAAAAGAUGAAAAUUGUUUGAGUGGAACAGGUGGAGAGUAAAAACCACUAAUUGUCAUUUAAUUUUUCACCUUAUCAGAAUUCUUUAAUCAUAAAUUUUAGAUUUUGUUAAUUGUUUGACCAAGUCCAAAAGGUAACAUUUAAUUUAUCACGUAAAUGUUGGUCUUUUUCAGUUUCUUCCUAUUGAUAUUUGGGUAAUUUUUAAAAGUUUCAAAUCAUUCCGUUACGUGCCAAAAUUAUAAGUCAAAAAGAGGCUCUAUUAAAUAGCAAUUAAAUAAAUAUUCAAGGUAACUUGAAAAAUUGUAAAUAGGUUGAGAUGCCCUGUAAAAUGUCAGGUCAAGAAGAUAUCAAAGUUAUCCCUUAAAAUUAAAAGGGGCUCUUUCAUAAUCCAUUUCAUAAAUAUACUAGGUAACAUUUUAAGUUGUAAAUCGGUUUAGGGGUACCAAUGUUAAAAGUUAAAAAAUACUUUGGAGUUCCUGUAUUUUUGAUUCUAUGAUUAAAUUUUUGAAAAGCAAAAAGCAUAUUUAGCUUUAUUUUUAUGAAACUCAAAGUAACUUUUAAAAGCUAUAAAUUGGUUGAGAGGCUAAGGUGAGGGUCCAAAAGGUGCCAUUGAAUCUAUCACUUAGAAAGGUAGCCAAUCUUGCUGAGAUAUGAAAGUUUAACUUAAACUGGUGUUUUCAUGUUCUUUUCUGGUCAUUUCUUUCUGUGCAGGCAUUUAUAAAACAGUUGGCAUGCUGCUGGAGCUGACCAGUGGGGAGGACAUGUAUGAACAGUUGCUCCACUGUGCCUAUCCAGCUCUCUCUGCAAUAAAUGAAAGCAGAGAGGACAUUAUUCUCAAUUUCAAGGUAAAUCAAUCAACUCUGAUUGGUCCUUUAUUACUAGUUUGUUAUGUUACAAAUUUGGCACUUCUCAUAAUUAAAAAAUAAUUUCUGAGACAUUUCUCAGGAAAUAAACUGAACUAACGAUGUUAACAGCUGUUGCAAUCCUGUUAUUUGUUUGAGUAACCCAUCCUUCCAAUUUAAGAUGAAUCUCAAAUAGUUCCAUUAUCAUAUUUCUCAGUUUCUUUCAUAACAUAACACAUCAGUUUACACAGCUUUGUUGUUCAAAUUGUACUUACAGAAUCAUGAAAAAACUUGGAAUACAGUAUUUUUUUGCGCUGAUCUUGUGGAGAAAGGUUUUAAUGCUGCUUUCAAAAAUGGUAAUGGAGUAAUCAUUUAAUAUGUAACUGGUUUAUAUCCUAUUUUCAUAUUUCUCUGUCAUUGUGAAAUAUUCUUAUUAACUUCUUAUUGGGUUGUUAAAUUAGUUAUAAUUAUCAAUAACACAUUUCACCUAAUAUACUUUCAAAUCUAAGCAAAAAAUAACAAUAACCAUCAAAUAAGGUGCCAGAAAAAUACAGUAAAAUGGGUGUGUCGUUCGGAUCAUGACAAAGACCCCAUGACAACAGAACUUAUUAAAAAUGGAGAAACAGAGCUACACACUCAGACACAUAAACUUAUAACUAAAAUCUGGCAAGAUGAGAAAUUUCCAACAGAAUAGGAAACAACACUCAUAACCCCAAUACACAAGAGAGGUUCCAAACCUUCAAUUCACAAACUACAAAGGAAUUUCUCUAUUAAAUGUUUCAUACAAAAUACUGAAAAAACUAAUUGGCAAGAGACUACAACAGUGUGCUAAACAAAUGCUAGGUGACUACCAAGGUGGAUUCAGGCUAAACAGAUAAUGACUGAUCAGGUUUUCACCAUUAGAUGCCUAUCAGAGAAAUAUUACGAAUAUAUUAUCCCAGUGUACUAACUCUAUGUGGACUAUAAAAUGACUAUCUGUAUGAGACUCUGCAUUAGUUUGGCAAACUGAAGAGACUGAUACAUAUAUCAUUAAACUAAACAACUAAAAAAUCAAGGUUCAAAGUGAAUAUUCAAGGAAAUUUCAGAUUAGACAAGACCCAAGACAAGGAGACUCACUGUCUUUUGUGCUGUUUAAUCUAAAGAUUGUAAAAAGCAUACACUUUGACACCGAGGAACAAUCACAGUUUCUGAGGGAAACUUAAGACCAACAACCAGAAGGCACUUUCUACAACCAACCCCUUCAAUAUCUUGCAUAUGCUGAUAACAUUGCACUGUUAAGGAACAGUAGUAAAGACAUAUCAAAAGCUUUUAUUGAAUUAGAUGGCGCAUCACUACCUGCUGGGCUGGAAGUUAACAACCAAAAAAGAAAAUACAUGGCAAUGUUGAGAGAACUGAGAGAUGAGAACAUGAAAAUUACGAACCACACUUUUGAAAAAGUAAAUCAUUUCAAAUAUUUUUGAUCCUAAGAAAUGAAUUACUACACAAAAUAUGCAAGUGAAACUUUGACCCUAACAAAAGAAAUGAAUUACUACACAAAAUAUGCAAGUGAAACUUUGACCCUAACAAAAUUGGCAGACAAUCUAUUAUACACGUGGGAGAGAAAAGUUAUCUUGAAAAUAUAUGGACCAACAAAGGAUUAAUAUGGAUUUAGAAUACGAACCAACCAGGAAUUGUAUGUACUAUACCAGGAUCCCUACUAGUAGCAGAAAUAAAAAAGGGUAGGCUGCGCUGGUCGGACCACUUAAAAGAAUGACAGAGGAGUGAAGAGGGUGCACCACCAAAACCCUAGAGGAAAACAGUUCAAAAGCAGACUGAGGCUUAGAUGGAUAAGAUGUGGAAAAAGAUCUACAGCAGUUGGGAACCCAAGCAUGUAAAAGAAAAGCAUUAAUUAGGUCUGAGUGGAAGGAAGUGGUGAGGCAGGCCAAAACCCUGCAUGGGCUUAUCACUACAGUGAUGAAUGAACAUAUACAUAUUUAUAUAAAAAUAAAUGACAAAUUAGUUAAGAACUAAAAAGAACAACCUAUCAAAAUAAUUAAAUAUACAAUUAUUUUUACUCUUUUUCCAUAAAAAUUAAAAUUUCACUAUAGUAGCUUAAAAAUAAAUUAAAUAUUAGCUAAGAAAAUAUCUUUAUGGUUUUGAAGUUGUUGUUGCAAUUAUUUCAUCAAUUUUAUUAGGAUUCUUGUCUUAUACUUUAUCAAGACCCCAUCCUAUAGCAAAAAGUAUGCAAAAAAAUUUAAAAUAAUCUCUACUGCUAUUUUUUCAAUAUUUAUCUUUGUUAUUUAUGUCCUCUAUUUAUGAUGCAUUGUGAUUAUCUGCAGCUGAAGGCAAAGAACUAGCACCUUUAAAUUCUAUUCUGGUCUCCAGUUUGACCAGUGCAACCAAAAACUAUUUGUUUCAAGAAUGGGAGACUUGUGUUUCUGUAAGUACUGGGCUAUUUAUUUUACUUUUAAAAUCCUUUCUAUUAACUGCGCUUAUAUUCCUGGGUGGCAGGCAAACUCUUCGGACUGCUAAUUGACCCACUUCACAUCAACCUACUUAGCUGAAACUUAGCACACAGACAUUUCCAAUGACAACACAUUUUUUUUAAAUUUUCAGCUUUACCCUCCAACUCCAUCCCCAAGAAUAAGUUUUUCCUAUUUUCAAGGGGAAGAUGAAGGAAACAUGAUGCCUUUAAGUUCAUGAAAUAAACUUCGCCCUAUCUGCGUUCAAUGAUAUUCUUUAAAAAAUAAAUCGCAAGUGCAUUUGGUUGUAAUAUUUUCUUUUGUUUUUCUCAAAUAGUUGGUGAAAUAAAUCUGCUGUGUAAAAGCGGGUGGGACAUUAGAAUAUUAAUACAAGAUAAAAUAAUAAUAAAUGCAUAUAAAGGAUUUUUACAAAAAACUUUGUUUUUACGGGUUGUUAAAUUUAGCUUUGAUAACCAUUGGUAUCUCUGUGUUGUAAAAUAUCUUGUUAACAUUUGUUUUACUUUCUAUAUCCUGUAAUAGGCCUAUUACUUUUAGACAUUAUAUUAAUGCAAAUACCAUACCAAUAUAACAAUAUAUUUUUCAUUCAGAUAUAUUAUUUUGAGGUUGCAAUAUAUUAAACUAAGAGCAUAAAGAGGGGAAAAAAGCCUAGAUUCAAUGUUUAUUAUGAUGUUAUAAAUGUCAUGUACAGUCUGUUAUAUGACUUACAAUGUCAUUGAUCUAAUAAGGCCAUUUUGUUCUUUAGAUAUUGCACUGGUUGAAUGGCCUCCCUGGUAUUGAUAAAACCAUGAUAAAGUACACUACUGGAGAAUUUGUGAGGUAUCUUGUCGUCAAAGAAAACUUUGAUGUUGCUGGCAAAUUUCUGGAUGCUCUACAAAAAAAGGUUCAAAAUUAUAGAUUCAUUCAAAUAAAUUGCUAGAUUCUUAAAAAAUUUAGAUUUUCACAUAUUUCAAAAAUUUGAUUUUAAAAAUAUGCUAAAUUUGUAAAAAUAUAAUAGAAAUGUGAGUCAUGUCUGGAAAGAAUGGCUAAUUUUAAAUUAGGCAUAUCUGUCUUCUUUUUCUUUAAUAAACUUGUAAGGAGUGAGGUUAGCCUUUAUAUGCUGUGCAUUCAAGUUCUUUGAGUCUAUGAUAAAUAAGGUAGCCAUUUACUAGAGUUAAAGCUCCCAAAAUAAAUUCAAUUCAAUGGAAAUAAACAGAAUUUAAUUUAGUUAGAUUAAUUAGACACCAACAAUUUGUGUCAAUAUUACAAUAUAAUUUAAGCUUUAAUAAUAAUUAUACAUAAUACACAAGUAAACGUUUCGGCACAUGCCUUCAUCAGUACAACAACAAAACAUUUAAAUAAGUAUAAAUUAAAUAUACAUAAUAUAUAUAUACAUGUAUCCUACCUAAAAAAUAGGAGGGGGCUUUUUGUCUGGUUUUUGCGGCCUCUCCUAUUUUUUGAAUUUUUUAAAAAAUUUUUAUAUAUUCAAAUGCCCAAUAGAGUGUUGUGCCACUGAUGAUGUUGAUAUUGUACAUGUUACAUGUUGAUGGAUAUCAUUUUUAAGUUUUAUAUUAUUCCGAUUUUUUUAAAGAAAUGAAUCAUUUUUAACCUUUCUAUUUUUUUAUACAGCAACUUAAACUGAUGUCUGGUUUUCCUACAAUAAAAGUUCUUGACGGGAUACCUAAAAAUAUCAAAGAUGUAAGCAUACUAGAAAUGCAUAAUUCUUGGCAAGUUAUAAGGUUUACCCAACAUGAUUGCUCUUGUAAAAUGGUCUAGAAUGGAAAAAAGCAAUUUUUGGUAGAUUGUCAUUAAGAUAAGUCAUUAAAAUAAACGUGAAUAUGGCUCUAAUUCAGUUUUCCACUUUCAAUAAUUGUGCUAACUGGGGAAAAAUUUUACAGAUCAUUUGGAAUAUGAUGAUCUUCUGUAAAAAAAAAUUUGUGGCAUAAAUCUUCUAUCAAUGUUCUGUAAUCUUUUAUCUUCUUCAGAAAAUACGUCAAGUUUGUUCUGUUCCAGUAAGUAAUUUAAAUUUUUUUUAAACAAUUCUCUUCUUAAAUAAAUUUGAAAUUUUUGUUUUCUUAUUGCCAUCAAUUUUGGAAUAAAAAAUCAAAUUUGUUCAGUUGUAAGUGCUCCUUCCUUGUUUUUUGCUUAAAACUAAUUCAUUAUAUUUUGAUUUGUAGCAUAAUGGCCCCAUUGAAGCAGUAGAGUAUUUUGACUAUAAAGAGUUUGAUGAACUGACUAAAGAAACAUUUGACAAAAGAAGAGCAAAAGUACACUCUAAGUCAUUCUCUCCGUCCAAUGAAGCAGUGGAGUAUUUUGACUAUAAAGAGUUUGAUGAAAUAACUAAAGAAAGAUUUGGCAAAAGAGAAGAAAACGUACGCACCAAUUCAUUCUCUCCAUCUAUUGAACUUUUGAAUAAAGCUAUGGAAAACAAUGUAAGUAAAUUAAUGUAGGUGCUUAUAAAGUUAACAUUUAAAGAUAUAAAUUUAUGUAAUAUAAAAAUUUUAUUUUAAAACAUAUUUUUAAACUAUUGGAAAUAUGAAACUUAAAAUGUACAGGUACAAAUUUCACUUUUGUUUAAAACUGUGAAGUUCAUUAAAGAUUUAAAAAAAUUAGAACAUUUUAGAUUUUUAUUUUUUAAAUGUGUGAUAUUCACAAAAAAAAUUUGACCCCCCCCCCCCCACCCCAUCAUGUGAAACGAAUUNGUGGUUUUGAAUAGUGUAAUAUUAAAGAAGAACUUGUAAAUAAAGAACUCUGUUAUUUUCAUAUUCAAUACUCUGUGUUAUUGCUAAUUAUUAAUUAUAGUCAUCAAGUGGGGUCGUGGACGAAGGCAUUUGUUUGACAUAAUUGUUUACCUAGACAACAAGCAGGGCUUAUCAAUCUGCCCAUUCAGUAUCCACACUUACUGAGAGAGUUAUUUGUACGAAGGAAGAUCAUAACAUUUGGGGGCCCGUCCUGUUAUGUGGAGGCGGUCAUAACAGUCAGAAAGAAGAGAUAAACCGCAUUUGGAUCUGACUUUUCUCUAACUCCCUGCCCGCUUUAGAUUUAGUGUGGCAGAACUGUUACUUUAACUUAAAACACAGAAGGAAGGAAUACCACCAAUAGACUAAUUUUUAACACAAUUUGAUCCUUUGCCAUUGUCACAUUUUCUAAUAAUACUUUAAAUAAAUUCAAAUUAAGGUGCUCUACCCUGACACCUCCAUGACCAAAUGACAUAAUAGUUGUUGAUUUAAGGAUACAUUCUUUUUAAUUUGUUGAGAGCUUUGUGUUGAUGUUUCCUCUUUCUUUACAUCAGGACUUGGUACAGAUUAAACAAAAUCUUCAACAACUUGAAGCUACUGGAUUUAAAAUAAAACCUUUUCACUUGACUGCUCUGAUCAUAAAGUUUCUAAACUUAGGAGAUGUUGAAAGCGCUACAUCCUAUUUUGAGCAACUGUGAGUUAACAUUCAUAUAAUAAUAAUAACAUAUUUACUUCCUCUUAUUUAGAAACAUUUAAAGUUAUUGGUGUUCAGUAUAGAAAUAUAAUAGAAGCUAUUUGUUUAUGAGUAACUUUUGUAUUUGAAUUUUUUAGGAAAACCACAUCAGAAGGGAAGUACAGCCAAAUUGUACCUUUAAGAUUUGGAGCAGAGUUGGUCAAGAAAGGAGAUUUAGAUGGUAUGAUUAUCAGCUUGUUUUUUGUAAGAGCUUUGAUGUCUAAUUAUUCUUAGACCAAACUUAAUUAAUGCUAUUUUUUCAUCUAUUUCAAACUUCUCUUUUGUGUUGUAGGAGCUUUGAACAUGAUACAAAUAGCAAGUAAGAGCCAGUUGCCCAAAGACAAUGCCUGGAGCUAUGCUAUUUCUGAAGCUAUCGAACAAAUGUUGAAGAAUUCCUCUACUAUAAUGGAUGCUGAGAAAUUGCACCAAGCUAUUGUUAAUUCUAACAUUGUUAAGGACAAUGAAGCUCUGAGGGUUCACCGUUGGUUUGUAUCCAGAAUAAUAUCAGAGUAAGUGUUGAAAUGUAAUAUUCCUUUAUAACUAAAGUAAGACAAAUCCUUAAUGUUACUGUUUAUUUUAUCUAUGUCUGUGAGUUCUAGCUUUAUGCUAUUUUAAAAGAUCAUGAAUAAAAAAUUUUAAAACUGAUUUUGACCAGACUGUUUGUUACGCACUGACUUGUAUUGGGAGAAAUUAAUCUCCUAUUUUAAUUGGCUCGUUGUAAGCAGUGCCUAACAAAGGACGAUACCAUAGAAUCAACAAUAUUAAAGAUACGACCCAAAACAGUUACUAGUUACAAUUAAUUAAGAUUUAUUAUGUCUUAAGAUAAUUACAAAAUAAAAUAAAAUAAGAUCUCGUACCGGUACACAGUUAAUACAAUUAGAAAUAAUGAUGCCAAUAAAUAAUGCGAAAUAAACACAUAUAAGUAGGAGCACACAAGUACACAAAGAAUAAAACACGCCUCGUAAUGUUAAGAAAAUCUAUAUGAAAAAUCUCCGUCCGUCCGUGCCUGUCAAUCCCUUAUAUAGGUGUAGAGUAAGGUGCUUCCAGAAGGGCUUAUGACGUGUUGUUUACAUAUCUCGGGUUAAGGAGUACAUUCCAGAAAGUACCCCGAGUCAUUAUACCCAAUGCGUAAUUGGAAGCCGAUUGUAAACAAGAUACUUCAAAGGCCUAAGCCACACCCCUUUGUGAACACAGCGUCUCAUGCGGGGUCAAUCAGAGGGCACGCACGAGAAAUAUGAUGUAAACAAGCUCUCUGUAACACUGUUAGUCUCCUUUGAUAAACUUUGACAGUUCCAGACAUUUUCUCUAUGAAAUUUGAUUAUACAAGGUUUUACUUAAAAAGUAUUUUAAUUUAUUUUAAGAGAGUUUUAAAUUUGAAUUCCAUAAAGUGAGAAUUAUUGUUCUUGUGCUCUUAAGAUAGGAAAACCUCUUUUUUUCUUCAUGUUAUUGGAUUCUUCUGUUAAUAUAGAGAUGAUGAUGAUGAACUGAUCCGACAGUUGAAGGCUCUACAUGAAAAACAUAAAGUCUUUCCAGCAUUGGAAAUGGUCUUGGAAAGGUUUAUUUCAAAGAAAGAUGUGGAGAAGUUAAAACAAGGUGAGAACAGGAGCAGAGAAAUCUUCCCUUCCUUUUUUUUAAAGUUAGAAUUUUAAAGGGUGCACCAGAAAAAAAAAAAAUCAAAGCUGUAGCAUUAAACUCCUCGUAUCAGAUAAGUGUUAUUCUUAAACAAUUUUUAUCCAUUGACACUGUUGACUUCAUGAGAAGCACAUCAAAUUAAAAAUGCUAACUCUGGCUUGGAUGAAAAAAAAGCCACCAACUUUUAUCACGUCACUAAUUUUUUUAAUUAACAUCAUUCUAUGAGAAUAGAAAUGAUGUUAACACAAUAUUAUUAAGCAUGUUAUUUAGUGAGAAGCCUUUAAUGUUAAUUCUGUGGAUUUAGUAAAGUCAUCAUUAGUAAAAUUUAUUUUUGAGCCACCAUGUCCGAUUUUAUAUUAACUUAGAUAUCAUUUGAUUGUCUUACAGUGAUGGAUUUGGGAAUCGGUGUAUUUGGUGCUAACUAUUUCCACCACUGUUUGGCCAUUAGCUUUAUACGCUGUGGCUUGCCCAACAAGGCUGCUGUAAUACUGCAGGUCAGAAAAUUUAAAAAAAAAAAACGAUCAUCUAUAUAUUUUUUAUAUUUAUAAAAUUUGUAAUCAAGACAAGAAUUGGGGUUGUUGGCUAUAAAAAUUAAAUAGUCUGUCAUUUACUCAUUUUUAAUUUGUUGCUUUUUUGUUGGUAGCCUUUGCUCUUGAUACUUUUUUUUAAAAACCACUAAUUCCUAUUUUCAGACUCCUGGCCUCAAGCUCAACCAGAAUUAUAUCCUAGAUAGUUGUCAAUAUUUUAUUAAAGCAAAAAAGGUCAGUUAAAAAUUUAAGGUCUUAUUACAACCAGGAUCGUGCAUUCAGGAGUCGGUAAAUUUUUUAUUUUAAAAAAAAAUUACAGACGCCUAAUUUAAUAUUACAAUUUUUAUUCCAAUUAUUAAUUUUUAAAAAUAAAGUUUGGGAUCUUGAUAUUAAUUUCAGAUAGAUUGUUUAUCAGCUUUGGUUGACAUAACAAAGUCUAUGCCAAUCAGUAGAUCAGCGCUGUUACAACAACUGGCCCAAGGUUAUAGUAAGUAUACAUUACCCGGUAAACUAAAACUCCCCACACAGAGCCUGAAGUGGAGUGAUUAUUUUUAUUUGAUUUAAUCAUUUCUAUAGUGUUUAAAAUUCUCAAACAUUGUUUGAACCCAGUUAAAAUAAGAUCCAUGGUUUUAACGUUCUGUACUCCUCAGUUGCUGUCGGUGACCUUAAAAAAGCCACAGAUGUUUUACAGCAGUUCACUGAAGACUUUUCCAAACCACCCAAACCAUUAUUACAGCAGCUUGUCAUUGCUCACAGAAAUGCCAAUGUCCCACUCCCUGAGCUGCUUCAAGUUUUCCUAAAAGAUCUUAAGCCCAAUGUAAGCACUGUCAUCAUUUAUUUUAAAUAUUAUUACUAGGGCUGACUGGGUGCGUUUUUUUUUAAAACCGGUGAGUUCAAGUGUUAAAAGAAAAUGGUCAACUUUUCAUUUUCUAUAAAUUUAAUACAUGCCAGCCUUCAAAUAAUAGGCCUGCAGACAGUCCUACACAUUACCUGCUGACCUUUAAACAAUAGGCCUGCCAGUCUACACCCUACCUGCCGAAAACAAUAGUCAUGCAGACAGUCCUACACCCUACCUGCAUGCCUUUAAACAAUAGGCCUUCAGAUAGUCCUACACCAUACCCAUGACUCUAUUGAUUGAUAUAAUGGUCGCCUCCGAAAAAAUUCAACCGACACGCAUGACACUCGCUGCUCAACAGCUUUUUUUUCCUCUCUGCACUAUUAAUGUAUAACAUUUUGAGUAGUGGGAGGGCCAGUUGUGAAAAGGAAGCAGCCAUACCAGAAGCAAAAUAAAUAUAAAUAUUAGGGUCAAGCCCUGAGAACUGGAGGACUGCAUUCAUUCAUCCUGUGGUGCUACAGCCCAUGUAGGGCUUUGGCCUGCCUCACUACUUCCUCCUACUCAGACCUAACUAAUGCUUUUCUUUUACAUGCUUGGAUUCCCAGCUGCUGUAGAUCUUUUUCCACAUCAUCCAUCCAUCUAAGCAUAGAGCUGUUUUUCUGGGGUUUUGGUGAUGUACCCUUUUCACUCCUCUGUCAGUUUGCACUAUUUCUAAGUGUCCUGCCUAGCAUAGCCUACCCUUUUUUAUUUCUGCAACUAACGUGGGAUCCUGAUAUAGACUAGUCUAUACAAUUCCUGAUUGGUUUUUAUUCUCUAUCCAGAUUCAUCCUUUGUCAGUCCAUAUAUUUUCCGGAAAACUUUUCUCUCCUUUGUAAUAGGUUUUCUACCAUUUUUGUUAGGGUCCAAGUUUCUCUUGCAUAUGUUACAACUGUCUGAUUAAAGUUUUGUAAACAGUUUUAUGUUUGUCUUGUAUUGUUUUUACUUUUGAGUUUUUUUCCCGACUUCUGAAGUAUGCCCUGUACAAAAGUAUUGCAGGAAACCCUUGCUAAAGGGUCACCAGAUGGUACUAUUGACUCUAAGUGGACUCAUUUGUGUGAUGCUGUGUACAAUUCAGCUAUGUCCGCCUACAGUAAAAUGUAGCAUAAAAAUAAUGACUGGUACGAGGCACAUUGGAAUGUGAUGGAACCUGUAACCGAGAAGAAGAGAUGAGCUCUACUUGUCCGCACACUUCAAAAAUAUCAACACUCAAGUCCAAGACAGGUCAAAUUAUCCAGAACCCAAGCAAUCAACUGCGACGUUGGGUAGAGCAUUAUCUUGAACUAUACGCAACAAUGAAUGUAGUCACUGAGAGCGCUCUGAAUAAUAUUCUCGUCUUGUCAAUAAUGGAAGAACUAGAUGAAGAGCCAACUACGCAGGAGCUCGAAAAGGCAAUUGAUUACCUUGCUGAUGGGAAGGCACCAGGGAUUGACAGCAUUCCACCGGAAGUCCUCAAAAAGGGGACAACAAUACUACAUCAGCUCCUCUGUCUGUGUUGGGUAGUAGGUCACAUUAACCAGGACAUAAGAGACGCCAACAUUGUAACAUUGUCCAAAAAUAAAGGGGACAGAAGUGAUGGUAAUGAAUACCGAGAAAUUUACUCUCCUUGACUUAGUUAGAAAGACUUUUGCCCUUGUUACCCUUAAAUGAUUGCAGAGUCUGGCUAACCGCAUCUUCCCAGAUUCCCAGUGUGGCUUCCAGAGUGGGUGCUCAACUAUAGACAUGAUAUUCUCAUUACGCCAAAUGCAGGAGAAGUGUCAUGAACAGCAUAUGCCUCUUUAUAUUGCUUUCAUAGAUCUGACAAAGGCUUUUGACUUGUUAAGUUGGAGAGACCUGUUCAGUAUCUUGCAAAGAAUAGGUUGUCCCCCACGACUGCUCACAAUCAUACAGUCAUUUCACAAAAACAUGCACAGCACAGUAUCCUUCAAUGGCAUUCCCAGUGAACAGCAGAGUAAAACAGGGUUGUGCACUGGCACCAAUGCUCUUCUCCAUUUUCAUCUCGCUGCUCCUACAAUUUACCUUCAGGGACUGUGAAGAUGGAGUCUACAUCCAUACCAGAUUUGAUGGUAGGCUGUUCAUUAUCGCCCACCUUCGUUUUGCACCAAGGUAAAAAAGGUACUAAUUCAUGAGCUGUUGUUUGCUGACGAUGCGGCCUUAACAUCUCACACAGAAGGCGGUCUUCAGGGACUGGUUAAUCGUCUAUCACACGCUUGUAAAGAGUCCCCUCCAAUCAUAUCUAUUGAGGCCUGAGGGCCAUAACCUGUCAGUUGUUGAGCAUUUCACAUACAUUGGAUCCAAUAUUUCUAGUUCUCUCUCCUUUGAUGAAGAGAUAAAAAUCAGGAUCGCAAAAGCAGCAGCAAUUAUGGCUAAACUGAAUAAGCGGGUGUUGAAUAAUAUCAACUAACUGAAAAAACAAAACUAAGUGUCUAUCAGGCAUGUGUGCUUAGUAUGCUCCUAUAUGGCAGUGGAGUGUGGACCACAUAUACCAGUCUUGAGCGGAAACUCAACAGCUUCCAUCAAAGAUGUCUGCGUCGUAUUUUACGCAUUUGAUGGCAGGGCAAGGUGCCUAACGCAGAGGUCUAAGAACGUGCAAAAAUGUUUAGCAUAUUCUUUGCUCUUAGCAAGAGGCACCUUUGCUGGUUAGGAAAGCCAUACUCCACGUAUCAAUACCUUCUGCAUGAAAGACCCUGCGCUAACGCAGCUGUUCACAGACAAGGUGAAAGAAGGUAUCUCAAGGAUGUCCCCAUGCGUCACCAUUGACACGAAAUGGACGCAUCUCAGAGACACAAUCUAUACAUCCGCAAUACAGGCCUUUGGCAAAAAAUCUCACAAAAACACGGACUGGUUCGAUGAACAUUGGGACGAGAUGAAACCUGUCACUGAAGCCAAAAGGAAAGCUCUUACGGCUUACAAGGAAAAGCCUACACCCGACAGGUUGCAUGCCUUAAAAACAGCCAAGUCACUUGCCCAAAAGGUUGCACGUAAUUGCGCCAAUACCUACUGGCUUAACCUCUGUUCCAGCAUACAGUCAGCUGCAGAUAUGGGCGAUGCAAAAGCAAUGUACGAAAACAUCAAAAAGGCAACUGGCCCCUUGACGUCCAAAGUUGCUCCUCUGAAGUCCAAAAAUGGAGAAAUUAUCCAAGACCGGGCAGCACAGCUAAAACGGUGGGUUGAGCAUUAUCUGGAAUUGUAUUCAACAGUUACCACAGUCUCCAGCACUGCUCUAGAUGACAUACCAGAUAUGCCACUCAUGGAAGAACUUGAUGUCGUGCCCUCACAGGAAGAGCUGAGCAAAGCUAUUGAUAGCCUAGCUUGUGGAAAAGCGCCUGGGGAUGAUGGAAUACCACCAGAGGCUCUAAAGAGUGGUAAGAUAGCUUUACUCCAACCAUUGCACGAGAUUCUGUCCCUCUGCUGGGAACAGGGCUACAUCCCCCAAGACCUAAAGGAUGCAAAUAUAGUGACACUAUAUAAAAACAAAGGUGAUAGGAGUGAUUGCAAUAAUUAUCGCGGCAUUUCACUCCUUAGUAUUGUAGGAAAGGCCUUUGCCCGUGUCAUACUAACACGUUUACAGAGUCUAGCAUCCCGUGUCUAUCCAGAAUCUCAGUGCGGUUUCCGGUCUGGGCGGUCUACCAUAGACAUGGUGUUCUCCAUACGACAGCUCCAUGAAAAAUGCAGAGAGCAGCAGAUGCCACUGUACAUUGCCUUUGUGGACCUUACAAAAGCCUUUGAUUACGUCAGUCGCAACGGGCUAUUCAAAAUACUGGCAAAAAUCGGCUGUCCCCCUCACCUACUUGCCAUCAUCAGAGAGUUCCAUGAAAAUAUGCAGGGUACAGUGCAGUUCGAUGGAGCCAAGUCAGAAGCCUUUCCAGUCAGCAGCGGAGUUAAACAAGGUUGUGUACUCGCACCAACACUGUUCGCAAUAUUCUUCUCUGUACUACUUCGAUACGCAUUCAAGGAUAGCAGUGAGGGAAUCUGGUUACACACCAGAGCUGAUGGAGGACUUUUCAACACUGCCCGCCUCCGAGCCAAGACCAAAACGACAGAUGUCCUAAUUCGCGAGCUACUAUUUGCGGAUGAUGCGGCACUAACAGCACACACAGAAAUUGGUUUGCAACAACUCGUGUCAAGCUUCUCCAAUGCCUGCAAAGAAUUUGGUCUGCAAAUCAGCUUGAAAAAGACAAACAUCAUGGCCCAAGACACUUGACCUCCACCUAACAUAAAAAUCGAUAAUGAAAACUUGGAGGUUGUGGACAGCUUCACCUACUUGGGGUCCAAGGUCUCCAAUACACUGUCCAUUGAAGAAGAAAUUAACAGCAGAAUCGGCAAGGCAGCUGCCACAAUGGCUAAACUAAAUAAACGGGUCUGGAAAAACACCAAGCUAACGGAGAAAACCAAACUGUGCGUCUAUCGAGCUUGUGUCAUCAGUACACUACUAUACGGGAGCGAGACAUGGACCACCUAUACAUCCCAAGAGCGCAAGCUUAAUAUCUUCCAUAUGAGAUGCCUGCGUCGCAUCCUUGGUAUUAAAUGGCAAGAAAAAGUGACUAAUAGUGAGGUCCUAAUGCGUGCGAAUACCCAAGGCAUGUUCACAAUCCUUAGUGAAAGACGCCUGAGAUGGCUAGGUCAUGUUAAAAGAAUGAGUCCCGGCCGCAUUCCGAAAGACCUCCUAUAUGGUGAACUUGCUUCUGGAAAGAGGAAAACAGGUCGCCCACGUCUGCGAUUUAAAGAUGUCUGUCAAAGGGACAUGAAAGCAGCCAAAAUACAUACAAGUGACUGGGAGUGUAAGGCAAAAGACCGAUCUACGUGGCGCACAGUUGUCAAAGAGGGCGUCAUGGUAGCCGAGGAGCGAAGAAUGGAAGAGGCUGCAGACAGAAGAGCUAGGAGAAAUGCCAAAACAUUUGGAAGCACGGAACUCGUGUGUAAAAACUGUGGUAAAGACUGUCACUCAAGGAUAGGACUGCACAGCCACUCGAGAAAAUGCAACCCAACCCAACGGUGAUGCACCAUCGUCUCACGAGACGGACGGAUGCCGAUAAGAACUGCAAAGAUGAUGAUGUAUGGAGAGUUGGCAGAAGGGACAAGACUUGUUGGACGGCCACGCUUGAGAUUUAAGAACGUUUGCAAAAGUAGCAUGAGAGAAGCCAACAUUGAUCUCAACAAAUGGGAGUUCAUUGCCAAAGAACGUUCCAGCUGGCGAACAGCAGUAUAUUAGGGGUGUGCCGGAUCCGUUUUUUCCAACCGGAUCCGGAUUUUCUUAUGCGAAAUCCGCCGGAUUUGGAUCCGGAUUCCGGAAUAAUCCGGAUUCCGGUUUCUCCCGGAUUCCGGAUUUUGGUACUUUGCAGAUACCGCUAAAUCUGAGGGGUUGGAUGCCUUCUGAACAGUUGGCACUAUCAUGUAUGGGAUUGGGAAUUGGCCACUAUUAGCGGUGCUGACUCUAGCCUCUGGUAUGUUCGGAAUAUUAAACAUUAAACAAGCUCAAUGCUCGAAACAAUCGAUUAAUGUAUCGUGAUCGUGUGGAAUUCGGGAAAGAGAAUUACUUUUAUUUCAGAUUAUGAUCCGGCAGACCUGUUUACCCUCAAACCCCUAAAAUCGUACAAUCUGGUCUCAAAAUCGUACAAUACAAUAUCUCUAUAGUAAAUAAAUAAAACUACAAAAUAUUUCCAUAUAUUUUGUAAAUGUCGCCGACUGGAUCUUAUAAAAUACCGCUAUGCCAAAAUCCAACGCUCCACUGCAGAACAGUUGGAUCAUCUAUUUUAUUUUAAAAACCAGCUCUAUUUUUACAAUCGCCGCGGUUCUGAGGAACAAAAUAAUUAUGUACCAAAACUACGUCACACGCUUGGUAGCAGUCAAAGGCGAUGGCGGGUGAAGAAGUCUAAAUAUUACUGUUGACGCAGCCAGCUAGUUCACUGUGAUCCCGUCAAUACGAUACGUCGGUUUUUUUUAUUUAUAUCCUUUGACACUCCCACCAAUCCCCUACCCAUGCGUGUCUCCUAUGCCACAAUUUCCGUCAUCAACAACCCCACCUCCCCAGUCCCCAUGAGUGCUUUCGAAAUAUAAUAAGGAUGGUCCCAACUUUAAAAAAAAAAAAAUCCAACCAAUCGUUUUUCUAGUUCAUAUUCACUGCCAGAUCUUCAUUAGAGAGGGCUAAAACGUCCAAACCCGAAAAUUUAUUAAUUUUUUAAAUCUGGGAAAAAAUUUUUUCCACCGGGUCUCUGAAAAUCGUAGUUUUGGAGGGUCUUGCCGUACAAUCAUAAAAGACAUCUAAAAAUCGUACAUUGUACGCCAAAAUCGUAAGAGUAAACAGGUCUGGAUCCGGUGAGUCACAAAAUCUGGCAAAUUCCGAAAUCCGGUAUAUUCCGGAUUCCGGUUGUUCCGGAUACAUGUAAAUCCGGCAGAACCGGAUUUCACCGGACAGUGCAAAAUCCGGCGGAAUCGGAUUCCGAACCGGAUUCCGGCACACCCCUACAGUAUAUGAAGGGAAAAAAGGCAGAAGAUGCGCGAAAAGAAGCCCUCUGCAACAAAAAGUACAAUACGGAAUAAAAAACAUAACCAGGAUUCAAUAUUCUCCUGCGAGAAAUGCAGUCAAAAUUGUCAUUCCAGGAUUGGCCUAGCGAGCCACUCGUCGAAGUGUAGGACUACAUAGCUACUCCAUUGUCUAGCAAAGACGGAAGGAUGCCAUAUAUACAUACUUUUUCAAAAGUGUGGUUUGUAAUUUUAAUGUUCUCAUCUGUCUGUUAUUCUCUUAUCAUAGUCAUGUAUUUUUUUUUUGGUUGUUAACUUCCAGCCCCACGUGUAGUGAUGCGUCUUCUAAUUCAAUAAUGUCUUUACUACUUUUCCUUAACAGUGCUAUGUCAUCAGCAUAUGCAAGAUACUAAAUUAUUACAUCAAGAAAUGGCGUCAGCGGGGCGAGUUUGCACUCUUUAUGCCCCCCCCAAAUUACCCCUCCCUGGUCCAACGUAUCGGAGCGGAGCGGCACAUUGGAGAUGCCCACUCGUCAGGACGGCCCCCACCCGGGCGCUCGCCUGGGGGCCGCCCCAACCAGUAGGCAUCCGGUCCGUCCGACACUAUGUGUUUAAACAGUGCUCUCGAUCGACUUUCUUAUGGAGUUGGGAUGGAAAAUUUACGUCCUAAUAUCUUCCCCCACCCAUCCUGGGAAAGCGUCGGACGCCCUAUAAGAGGGAUUCCACAGUGGGUUUCCACAACGCAACUAGCUCGCGCUGUAGCUGGGACGAAACGGUUGCCUAGGGACAGCUUUCUCAAGGCUGCAUUGUUUGAAUCCUCGGCCAGAGGUUACCACCCUCGCCUCUGUCCUCAUACCCGUCACCGGCAACUUGUAAUCAUGAUCCCUACCCUGGCUCUGCCUAAUUUUCCGGCUGUGAAGUAUCACAACUGGCAGCCCUGUGGGAACUGUUUUAUGUAUGGCAGGUACCAAGCACACCCUUUGUCUGCCCACGCGAGGCGUGCCCAGUAGUUCUGUUCCCCGGCAAACGCCGAGGGGGUCGGUGGCAGACGCUUCCUAAUCGACAGGCCACAACAGACUUGCCAACCGGAAACCGGGGUCUGCCAACCAGAAACUGCAAGAUACUGAGGGGGUUGAUUGUAAAGGGCCCUUAAGAUAUAGAAGAAUAAGAAGAAGAGUGCCCAUUGUUUGUAUGUCUUUGGUUUCCCUCAGAGAGUAUCCUGGUAUAGUUCCUCGGGUGUCAAUAUGUAUGUCUCUUGUAACUCUCUUUAAUGUUAGGUUAAAAUAGCGCAUUAGCAGGCAAAAUUUAGAAAUGUUGGUAGGUUGGAUAGAAUCUGCUUCUUCCAUAUUUUGGGGGCCCACGAUCAAUUUAUUGAUCAUUCUGGCUAUUCUUAGGAACAGUAUGCCGAAAGCCUUCCGUUAAUUGUGAUCAUUUUUCUUUCAAUUUCUAGAAUAAAGGUAGACCAGAUGUGUCCUCAGAUGUUUCAAAGCCUGCAUCGGACUUCACAGGUCAAGAAGAUCAAAGUUCAACUGAUGUUUCCAAGAGUGAAAAAUCACCAGAAUUAGAUGACAAUAAAAAAUAACUGGGAAUGUCCAUUUCACCCUUAUUUAAAAAAAUUUUUUUUUUUUGCAAAUCUACAUUCAGAGGUAUGCUAAUAAUUUUGCAUGCAUUCAUUCUUCCAAUAGUCUUUUUUUCUAACGUGAUUACUAUUUGAAGGAAAAAAAAAAUUAAAUAUGUCUUUGAAAUGUAAAUGAUGAUCAUUUGUUAAAGUUUAUAGUGACUAGUGUUGUAAUUGUUUUUAUGGUUUCUAGUGUUGUAAUUGUUGUAAAUGAUGCAAAAUGAAACAGAUAACCAUAUGUGAUACCAUUUUCAUUUUGAAAAAAAAAUAAAAUAUUCCUUAACCAUUAGUUUCCAGAUUUUUUCUUUACAGCUUUAAAAAUGAAUGUAUUAUUUGACAAAGCAACUGGGGCAUUAGUGUAAGGAUUUUGUAUGCACAUUUCCAUUUGGCAAACAAAAAAACUCAUAUGAUUAUGAUGUGAAAUUUUAGUUUUUAUGAUGACCCAGCCAAUUAUCAUGUCAAUGGCGCUACAAUUAUAAUAUCUCAUUUUCAAGCCAAUUAAUAAAUAAAUUCUUCAAAUAAAGAA